CACGGCGCGAAUAUUUAGGCUUCGAAAAAAAUCGAAGAAAGGAUGGCGACACGAUCGCUUCUUUUGUGCGUGUCCCUGUGGCUUGGGGUGGUUGGGGGGCAGUUUUUCGGUGGCGGAAAUCAACAGCAGCAACAGCAAUUUCCGCCGCAAGAUCGUAUCCAGCUUUCUCCUCAGCAACAAGGGCAAAUUCUAAGCGACGUCCAGCAACAUCAGCACAGAUUUGGCCUGCAACAAAGAGGCAACAAUGGCAUCCAGCAACCGCAAUUGUUCAACAGAAAUCAGCAACUUUUAGCGCAGAGCGGCUUAUUUGGUCAGCAAUUGCAGCAGCAAUUUGUUAAUCAGGCACACCAGCAGGGUUUCUUUGGUCAACAACGUCCAAAUCAACCAAUUUUUCAACAGCCACAAACUCUUCCUACAGCACAAGCUCAGCAAUCCAGCUUUCCGACGCCAACUAAUCCUAGCAAUGUGAACUUUGGCGCAAUUCCUCCUACAGGAUUUUUGCCAGAAGCUCAAAGAAACUCUGUGGUGUUCCCUUCAAUACCACCUUCAAUUGGCACACCAUCUGGUUCAGUUGUCCAGCACCACACCCAAACCGCCUUUACUCCCAGCUAUUCGAACCAAGUCACUCAACGUAAUCAGUUUUUGAAUACCCGACCAACUGUAGAUCCAAUUAAAAAUAUCGAAGAGCAAAUUAGGCAAUUGGAUCCUGAAAAAGAUAAAUUGAGAAUCAAGGAACUGAGAGAUAAGAAGGCUAUAAUUGAAAAGCACAAUCAAUUUGUUGAAAAGCAGUAUGAGAAAGCUUUGAAAAAAGCGCAACAAGAGCACCAAGAGUUUUUGGAUGAACAAAAAGAACAAAGGAAGAAGCUUUAUGAGAAUUUAAUUAAACCAUCUGAUGAAAGACCUAACUACAGAAGCUCUCAAUCCUCACCAAGGUAUAUUUAUCCUGAAGAAAGCUCCUUAUUUGAAAGAGCUUUGAAACAAUAUUACCGGGAACAUCCAACUACUACAACAACCACUACAACUACAACCACGCCCAAACCAACGACAGCUACAACUAAAAAAACAUUCAGAAAAUCUAAUCAGAAGCCUUCAUUUUUGCCUACGAUUAUACCUAGUACAGCUUCACAGUCCCAAUCAGCCAAGAUUAAAUCAAUACAAACAUUAGACGACCUCGACGUGCUGAAAAAACAAUACAAAAGUCAACAAAUCAAUAAAGACGACCUUCUAGCUCAACUGAAAGCCGCUAUCGGUGGUUCUCUGCAAGAUGAAUUGCCCAAAAAUCUUUCAUCCAGAGAAAUAUCUUUGGCCAAUGGCAAAAAAGUACAACUAAUUGAAGAUGUUGAUCCCAAAUUGAUUCCUCAAGGGAAAGAGGAAGAAAUUACUUUACCUAAUGGAGAUAAAGUUAUUGCCAUAAGGGCUGAUCCAAGUUUGUUGUCCAGGCCUUCGAAAUCAGCAGAAAAAGGAGAGGAAAUUACUUUACCAAAUGGACAAAAAGUGCAAGUGAUUAGAACAAGUAAAAACAAUAAUAUUGGUUCAGGUGAAGAGAUCACUUUACCCGAUGGUCAGAAGGCCGAAAUAUUCAAAACCAGUUCCAGCUCAGCAGCUCCAACGUAUAAAACCCAAGAAAUAACUUUGCCAAAUGGCCAAAAAGUUGAAGUGAUAAGAACUACAGAUCCAAAAUUGGUACCUGGCGGUGUACCAUUGGAACCUGGUAGUGAUUUGGAAAAACUAGUUUUGGCAAAGACAACCACUGUAAGACCUCCGAAGGCGAUUUUUGAUGAGAUAACUCAAAACGAUGUCCCACCUGGUACUGAUAUUGAGAUUCUGAAAACAGGUGCUAGUGGAAGCCUAGAAAACGCCAAAGCACCCAAUAGCCUAACGAGCCAGAAAAAGGUAACAUUUGUGUUGCUAGAAGAACAGAGCGAUGGUACUCUUAAAGUGCAAGGAAUUAAAGGCAAUGGCAAAGAAAAGCCCGACGAUUUGGAUAAUAUAUUGAAGAAAAUUAAGGCUGGUGAAAUUAAGUUACCAACCACAACAACAACUACCACUGAGAGCCCGAAAAUUUCAAGAACAACCACAAGGAAACCAAGCAGCAGCGUAUCAACACCAAAACCCAUCUCAGUUACUGUGACUCCAAACUCCUUUGCUACCAACGAAGAUUAUCAAAGUAACCCUACAGCCAACGCACUGAGCAGCUCCCCAACAACAACAGAAGAACCCGCAUCUCUUCCAAUUUUGACUACAAACAUUGGAACGCAGUUCUUGAGUAGUGUCUCACCAACAAGCAUUUAUACUUCUUCUAGUAGCAGGAGCACCACUCCAAAUUCGAUUUUUGACUUCAGCAAGACUACCAGAGACUCUUUCUCUACGACAUCAGACUUAUCCAAACAAGCUUCUUCAAUUUCAACUAGCAAUCAAAACUCAAUUUUAUCAGAACCAAAUCCAACAGUGUCCACUCCAUUUAUACCGUCAUCAUCAGAACAACCUCCAACUGAAUACGUGGUCAAGUCUCAUGCAAAAUCAACUGAGGAUUCUCUAAAUUUGCCUGAACUUACUACUGUAUUAAAAUCUAACGGUUUAUAUGCAAUGGCAAGAUUCCUAAAACAAUCUGGACUAGAUACAGUUUUAAAUGACACAGGACCAUACACUGUGUUUGUGCCUACUGAUAAGGCUUUUAGAACUUUGCUGGUGCAAUUGGGAGGCCCUGAGAGGGCCGAAGAAAAAUUCAAAGAGAAUCCUAGGUUACUCAGUGGGUUGUUGCUGCAUCACGUCAUACCAGGUUCAUUCUCAAUUUCCGAUCUUCAAGAUGAAAUGACCGGAGUAUCAUUAGCUGGUACCCAAUUAAGAGUAAAUCAGUACAACAUGCACGAUAAUGAGUGGAAUGACGUUAGGGUAACCACAAUAAAUGGUGCAAGAAUAAUAGAAGAAAAUCAAGACAUACCGAUACCACAAGGUAUUGCUCAUUCCAUUGAUAGAGUCAUGUUUCCGCUUCCUGUAGGUGAUCUGGUGCAAACCAUGCAGGCGGAUAGAGAAAGACGUUUCACGUCGAUUUUGAGAGCAGUGUAUGCGUCAGGAUUAGCAGAAAUGUUACAAGGUCCAAAAUCUUUAACACUUUUUGCACCAACUGACAAAGCAUUUGCCGGUCUCAGCCCUUCGGACCUUACCAAAACAGUGACUGAUCCAGCUUUGGCCAAAGAACUGGUACUCAAACACCUAAUCCAUGGUGCCCUUUAUACUAAUGGUAUGAGGUACUAUCAAGUAAAAGAUAGUUUGCAAAAUGACGCACAAAUAACGAUAAGUAAACAUUCAGGUAAAACCAAAGUAAACAAUCAACAUUUGACCACUCCCAAUAUUCCCGCUACGAAUGGAGUGAUCCAUGCCAUAGAUGCACUUUUGUGAAACGUCUACAAAAUAGUGUCAUAAGAUUUUUUAAUGUAAAUAUAGUCCAUACCUAAUUGUAAAUAAUUUAAAUUCAAAUUUUUUGAUGCUCAAACACAUGAAAUUAUUAUUAUUUUUUAAAUGGUGUGGUAGAGUAUGUAUUUAAAUUAUUGAUAUGCGAAAGAUUUAUAUAUCAUCUAAGGCUGAUUUUUAUACAAUUUUCUUUGUACGAGGCUAUGUCUAAUAUUGUAUUCAUUAAUUAAAUUAUUCGUUAUUAGUCUUAAGUCGUGUGUAAUAUAAUAGUUAGGUAAGUAACUAAUAAUUAUUAUGAAUAUUUUGUGAUGAA